AUGAAAAAAGUACAAUAACCUAGUCAAGUCUCUCUAAUUAAUAGACAAAUGUCUGUUCAAAUGGAUAUAGGAAAUUUCUCAAUGUAAUCUCCAGAUAAAGAUGUAUAUUGUCCUAAAACAUUGUCAUAAGCAAAAAUAUAAACUCAUGGUUCCUCUCCAUAUAUUCAAUCUCCAUUAUUUGAAGGUAGAUAAUUAAUUACAAUUUAACCAUCUCCUCCAUAAAAAUUAGAAAAUACAUAUUAAUAUAAACUUAACACAAAAACCUUAAGUCAAAAUUAUGAAGUUCUCAAACCUUAUAAUCAAUAAGAUUUUAUAAAAUCAUCAAAUGAUUCUAAGCCAAAUUAUGAAACUUAUAAAUAUGAAUAUCAUAAAACAUAUGCAGGAAAUUUUUAAAGUGAAUUUAAUAAAGAUCCUACAAUAGAUGCAAAAAGUAACACUUUAAAGAAAGAUGGAACUAUUUUACAAAUUAAAGAAAAUUAUACUUUAAAUACUAAUUCUACAAUAAAUGAUCAUCAAAUCACUGGAGCUCAUGGCAAACUAUCAUCUCAAAAUUAUGGAAUAUUAUAAUAAAAACCUAAAUUACCUACAGAAAUAUCUAGAAUUUCUGGAUUAUUAAGAGAUUUUAUGUCUGGAGUAUAAAGAUUUAUUAGCGAUAGAAAAAUGCCUGAUAAUAUUAAUGAUAAAAUGAUUGAAAUACUCUCUUCUUUUAGAAAACUUGAAGAUUUGUUUAAUGUUGAAAAUUCUGAUAAUGAUUCAAAAUCAUAAACUAUGGCAGAAGAUUAUGAUAGGUUAAAGACAAUACUUGAAUAGUUAUAAACAAAAAUGUCUGCUUUAGUCUAAGAAAAUUAAAAAGUAUUUAAAUAUAUAAAUGUUGUUAGUUAAAUAAAAGUUUAUUUGAAUAAGAAUAAAAAGUUUUAGAGGAAAAAAAGAUAAGACAAUAAGCUGAAGAUAAAGCUAAUUAAGUUGAUAAGGAAUUCAAUAGAGUAUUUGAAUGUUUAUAAAUAAAUUAAAAAGAAAAUGAAGAUAUGAAGAGGAAAUUAUAAUAAAUGGAUAAUUUAAAGAGUAUAAAAAUUAAUUAAAAUAAAAUUAUCAAUGAAGAUUUUUAAGAUUAUAAAUAAAAGAACUAAACAUUACAAAAAGAUUAUGAUUUAUUAGAAAGUAAAUAUAAAUAAUUGUUGUCUGAAAAAGCUAAUUAAAAAGAAAUAUUAAAAUCCCCCUUAAUGAUGAAGUCUAUACAUUCAAGUACUUCUAAAUUAUCAGAAUAAUUAGAACUUAAAUUAUUAUAAUUAUAGAUUGAAAAUGAUAAUUUAAAAGCAGAAAUGGCUCAUAAUUAAGUUGACUCAAAAGCUAUUGAUAGCAAAAAUGAAAUGAUUUAGAGAUUAGAUGAAAAAAUUAAAUAGAUUUUGAAAGAAAAAGCAAGUUCUGAAGAAUAAUCAGUUUAAAUUUGCCAUAAUUUAGAAAUAUUAAAUGAUUAAUUAAAGAAUGAUUUAUCAAUAAAGGAAACUGAAAUUUCUAAUAUAAUUAAACAAAGAAAUGAAAUGGAAAGAGAAUUAAAAGGAUAGAUCAAUAAUUAUACUCAAUAAUAAAAAGGAUUUGAGGAAAAAUUACAAAAAUCAAAAUAAGAUUAUUAAAAACUAUUAGAUGAAUAUAAAUAAAUGGAUUUAAAGAAAAAUAAAAUGUAAGAAGAAUUUAAAUUAAAUGAAAAGAAGAUUGAAUAAUUAAAUUAAGAGAUUUAAUUUUAAAAGUAGGAAUUUAAAAAAGCUAUUGAUAAAAAUUAAAGUUUAUUAAUAAAAAACGAUUAAAUGAAUCAAUAAUUGUUAUAAUAAAAUGUAGUUUAAUAAUAAUUAAAUCAUUAAAUAGAAGGAUUAAAGUAAACUGAAAAUGCUUUAAGGAUAGAAUGUGAUCGAUUAAAUAAAGUAAAUCAAGCUACUUAAUAAGAAAUGAAGUAUUAAGUUACAGAAUUAAAUGAAAUGAUUUAAUUAUAAGGAAGAAGAACUUAAGAAAAAGAAAGAUAAAUAAAUGAAUUAAUUGAAGAAUUAAGUGAAAUGAAGGAUUAAUAUGAAAUACAAAAAAAAGUUUGUUAAGAAAAUAUUAAUGAUUUAGAAAGAAGAUUAAAAAACACAAAACUACAAAAUGAAGAACUAUUAUAAAUUAAAGAAUAAGAAAUUCUAGAUUUGAAAUAAACGAUGGAAUAGUAAUUAAAAAUACUAGAUAAAAGAAAUGCAUUAUCAUCGUAUGAUUUUGAAUAGAGAGAAUAAUAAUUUUAAAUUGAAAUUUAAAGUAAAAAUGAUUAAAUAGAGACUUUAAAGUUAGAAGUAGAAAAAAUGAGAAGCUAAAGUUUUAACACAUAAGAAGAACUCUUAAGAAUUGGAAUAUUAUAAAAUCAAAAUUAAGCUAUCAUUAGUAAUUUGAGGAACGAAUUGAAUUAAUCAAAAUAAGAAUAAUAGAACUUACAUGAAAUGUUGAAAAAAAGGAAGGAAGAAACAGAAUAAUUACAUUUAAAUUUAGAAGAAAUAAGAAAAGAAUAGUAAAACAGAAAAAUUAAUGAAGAUAGUAGAAGUAAUUAAUUAUUUUAAAAUUAUUAGGAUCUAUAUUAAGAUAGUAAGACCUUUAAAUUACACUUGAAAAUCUUUAAAGAGAUAAUUUAAGUCUUUAAUAGAAAGUCAAUGCUUUAUCUAAUGAAAAUAACAGGAAAUAAAGAGAAUUGAAUGAUAAAAAUGAUGAAUUCUUAAAUCUUAAGAGAAAAUAUGAUGAAACUAUUUAAAAUUUGGACAGAUUAGAAAAAAGAUGGGGUGAAAAGAUAGAUUAACAUAGGAGAAUUUGA